AUGAUGCAGCAGGCGGUGAUGUCGGCCUCGAUGCACCGACCGUGCUCCUUGUAUUCUCGCGGAUCGGCAGGGAUGCGACAUGGGGCCCGGAGACCCUCCGUGCGCAGGCAGCUGGUAAGUGCGCGCGCGAGCCCCAAGGCGGCGCCGGGCGGGUCCGACGAGGACGUCGCGGAGAAGAAGGACAAGGCCGGCGCGUUCGCCGCGCGCAUCGACGCCCUGCGCAAGGCGGCGGCCUGGAGCGACGCCGACGACACGGCAGAGCUCGAUCUCGCUUCCGGGGACGAGGAGUACUACGACGAGGACAACUGGGGCGACGAGUUCGACGAGAGCAUCUGGGACGACUUGACCGAGGACGACGAGGCCGCGCUCGCCGCCGAGGCCACCCCUGCGGGCGCCGGGCCCCUCUCCGGGCGCGGCACUGUCGCGUCACGGCGCACGAAGAGCAGCAGCCGCCGCGCCGACUCCCAGAGGACCACGGGGCAGCUCGUGCCGACCCGCCUGCUGCCCAAGGUCGCCAUCAUCGGCCGCCCGAACGUCGGUAAAUCGGCGCUGUUCAACCGCAUUGUGGGCGGACAGGUGGCCAUCGUGUACGACUACCCGGGCGUGACGCGGGACCGGCUGUACACGCGGGCCUUCUGGGGCGCGCGGGACUUCGUCGUCGUGGACACGGGCGGGCUCGAGAACGAGCGCGACAAGCUCCCGCAGUCGCUGCUGAACCACAUGGAGCAAGUGGAGGUGACCAAGGACAGGAUUCCGGACGCGAUCGAGAGGCAGGCGGCCGCGGCGGUGUGCGAGGCGGACGUGCUGGUGUUCGUGGUGGACGGGCAGCAGGGGCCGACCGCCGCGGACGAGGAGAUCAUGAAGUGGAUCCGGCGCAACCACGGCGAGAAGCCGCUCGUCCUCGCGGUCAACAAGUGCGAGUCCCCCACCAAGGCGGACAUGCAGGCCGCCGCGUUCUGGCACCUCGGCGUCACCCCGAUCCCGGUCUCGGCUAUUUCGGGCUCCGGCACCGGCGACAUGCUGGACGCCGUCGCAGCCGAACUGCCCCCGCCCCGCAUCGCCGGGCCGGAGGACAUCGAGGUCGAGGCCGCGCCGCUGCGCGUGGCGAUCGUCGGGCGCCCGAACGUCGGCAAGAGCUCGAUGCUGAACGCCAUCGUUGGCGAAGAGCGCGCCAUCGUGUCGGAGAUGAGCGGGACGACGCGGGACGCGAUCGACACGGAGUGGACGACGCCGGACGGGACGAAGUACACGCUGGUGGACACGGCGGGCAUGCGGCGGCGCGCCCGCGUGGCGGACAGCGACGACGGCGCCGAGGAGCUGUCGGUGCAGCGGUCGCUGAACGCGAUCCAGCGGGCGGACACGGUGGUGCUGCUGAUCGACGCGGUGGAGGGCGUGACGGUGCAGGACUUCCGGCUCGCGGAGCGCAUCGCGGAGGAGGGCCGCGCGUGUGUGGUGUGCGUGAACAAGUGGGACAUGAUCGCGGACCGGUCGUCGAAGGCCCAGAAGCUGUACGAGGAGGAUCUGCGCGCGCAGCUGCGUCCCGUGAACUGGGCGGAGGUCGUGUUCACGUGCGCGAAGACCGGCGCACGUUGCAACACCGUCCUGGACGCCGCGAGCCGCGCGGGCCGCGAACACAACCGGCGCAUCAACACGGCCACGAUCAACAUGGUGAUCCAGGAGGCGACCGCGUGGAGGUCCCCGCCGUCCGCGCGGAGCGGCAAGGCCGCGCGCAUCCUCUACGGCACGCAGGCCGCCGUGCGCCCGCCGACGUUCGUGAUGUUCUGCAACGACCCGAAGCUUAUCGGGGACGACUACCGGCGGUACAUGGAGCGCCAGCUGCGCGAAAACGUCGGGUUCCCAGGCACGCCGCUCCGCAUCCUCUGGCGCGGCCGCGGCGGGUCGCCGAACAAGGGGCGGUGA